AAGCUUAAAACCAGUUUCCUAAACUUCGCACUCUUCAGCAAAGCAAAUAAAUCCACCAAAAAAGUUUACAAUAAUUUGGGAUGAUUAAUGGCUUUAACAAUAAGUCAGCUCCCAUGGAACAGAACGGCAACAACAGCAACAGCAACAACAAUGGUUAUCUGAAUCCAGCAUUUGUGGGCAAACUUAAUGCCUCCAACUCCAUACCGGGCGAGUAUAAAAACCAAGCAGAGUCUGCAGCCAAUGGCCAAGCGCCAAGUGUCAAGCCCAAAGUUGCGCUAGAGCCGCUUGAUGUGGAGUCGGCAGACGCUGCGCAGGGCAAGCGCAGCGAUGGCUGGAACAAUGAUAUGGAGUUUCUAAUGUCCUGCAUUGCACUCAGCGUGGGACUGGGCAAUGUGUGGCGUUUUCCCUUCAUAGCGCUCGAAAAUGGCGGCGGCGCCUUUCUCAUACCCUAUCUAAUAGUUCUCAUAUUGGUGGGCAAGCCAGUUUACUAUAUGGAAAUGCUGCUGGGACAGUUUUCUAGUCGCGGCAGCGUCAAAAUCUACGACAUGGUGCCCAUAAUGCGAGGUAUCGGCUAUGGUCAAGUGCUGGCCACUGGCAUUGUGACCACCUAUUAUGCCACGCUAAUGGCGCUCACAUUGCGCUAUUUGGUGGAAUCGUUCUAUCCGACGCUGCCCUGGAGCUACUGUCGCGAGGCAUGGGGAGACAGUUGCCUGGAUUCAGCGCCGCAGACACAAUUUCAAAGCCUGGCAAAUGGCAGCGCAGUGCGCACAACCUCGGCGGAGUUUUACUUUACUCACGUCAUACUGCGCGAGAAGGCGAGCAUUGAUGAUGGCAUCGGCUAUCCCAGCUGGAGUCUGGCUGUUGCUUUGGCCGUUGCCUGGAUAACCAUAGCGAGCAUUAUGUUCAAAGGCGUCAAAAGCUCCGGCAAGGCUUCAUAUUUUCUGGCUUUGUUCCCCUACGUGGUCAUGCUCAUAUUGCUGGUGCGCGCGCUCACGCUGCCGGGUGCACUGGAUGGCGUAUUGUACUUUUUGAAGCCGCAGUGGCACAAGCUGCUGGAGCCCCAGGUCUGGUACGCAGCUGUUACCCAAGUGUUCUUCUCGCUGGCCAUUUGUUUUGGCAACAUUAUCAUGUACUCGAGCUACAAUCGCUUUGGCCAGAACAUCUACAGAGAUGCCAACAUUAUUACCAGCCUGGACACGUUUACCUCGCUGCUGUCGGGCGUUGUUAUUUUUGGCAUCCUAGGCAAUUUGGCUUAUGAAAAUAAUACAACAGACAUAUCGAGCGUUGUGAACGGCGGUACUGGCUUGGCGUUCAUUUCCUAUCCCGAUGCCAUAGCCAAGUUCAAGGUGGUGCCGCAGGUUUUCUCUGUGCUGUUCUUUCUCAUGCUCUUCGUGCUGGGCAUUGGCAGCAAUGUGGGCAUGGUCUCCUGCCUCACCACUGUGCUGAAGGAGCAGUUUACAAAGAUCAAGCAGUGGCAUAUUGUGGUUACGAUCUCAAUUGCGGGCUAUUUGUUGGGCUUGAUUUACAUCACACCUGGUGGACAGUAUCUGUUGACGUUGCUGGACUUCUUUGGCGCCACCUUUGUGGCGCUGGUGCUGGCCAUUGUGGAGUUGAUUACCAUUGGCUGGAUCUAUGGCGUCAAGCGUUUGUGUCGUGAUGUGGAGUUUAUGCUGGGCAUCAAGACCUCCAAGUAUUAUCGCAUUUGCUGGGCGGUCAUAACGCCACUAAUGAUGCUCACAAUUCUCAUCUAUAUGUUGGCUUUAUAUGAACCAGUCAAGUACAAGGAUUAUACGUUCUUGCCGGGUGUUUAUGCAUUUGGCUGGUGUCUGAGCGCAUUUGGCGUUGGUCAGCUGCUCAUCUGGGCCAUACCGGCGGUGAGGCGACAGCCCGCCAGCUUAAGCCUUUGGCAGCGCAUACGCAAAGCUUUUGAGCCACUGCCCAACUGGGGACCGCUAAAGCCCUCCACACUCCAGCGUUACCAGCUCUUUAUGCAGCAGGCUAAUGCAAGCGCAAUGUUCGAGCGUCGCGGCUUCUGGCACAAAAUCUAUGACAAUAUCUUUGGUUAGCAAUAAAACGCAACGAGUAACCAGUAGCUCGUUUUAUGGCAGCACUACACAGAAAAGAGAGAGAGACAGAGAGAGAGCGAGAGAGUACAGCACAACCCUUUUAUAAUAAAAAUAUCUGGGCUUAAGUGCCAAAUGAAGUCGUAGUCGCCAGUUGGCCUAAAGCGAACUUAACUUAACCCAACUGCAAGCCAACUAGCGAUGGCAAAUUGUGACAGAGCAAAGACUGCCACACAACGUACAAAAUAUAUACGAAUUUAAUAUUACAUUAAUAAACAAACAACAAAUUGUUAACAGUUGCUGUUAUCUAUGACUGUAAAACUUUUAUUAGCAUUAGUUUGUCAAUGUGUCUAAUCUGCCGACACAGUUUUGUAUUA